UUUGGUUGGCGGCGCUGUGGGGCGGCCCGCCUGCGUCCCCCAUCCCCGGCUGGGCUGCGGCGGCGGCGGCGGCGGGACCAUGGCGCUGCUGCGGGCCCGCGCGCUGUACGACUUCAAGUCGGAGAACCCGGGCGAGAUCUCCCUGCGGGAGCACGAGGUGCUGAGCCUGUGCAGCGACCAGGAGAUCGAGGGCUGGUUCGAGGGGGUCAACAGCCGCGGAGACCGGGGCCUCUUCCCGGCCUCCUACGUUCAGGUCAUCCGAGCGCCUGUGGCCGAGCCGCCCGCGCCUCUGCCUGUGCCGGCGCCGGCACGCUACGCCAAUGUCCCCGGCGGAGGCUUCGAGCCCCUGGCGGCGGUGGUGGCGGCGGCGACGUCGCCCGCCACAGCCUUCAGCAACCCUCCGCCGGCCCAGCAGCACCACCAUCACCACCAGCAGCAGCAACACCAGCAGCUCCCUCCGCCGGCAGAGCUCUUCCAGGUGCUGCCUCCUCCACUGGCCACGUCGGGCUUCUCUUCCUUCCAAGCGGUGCCUUCCUCCUACGGAGGGUCCUCCUAUCAGACCAGCCAAGGCAGCGACGACGACUGGGACGAUGACUGGGACGACAGCUCGACGGUGGCGGAUGAGCCGGGCGUCCUGGGCAGCUCAUACCCGGACUAUGAAAACGCAGGGAUGGGGGUUGGAGGCCCCGGUGGCUCCUCUGGCAGGUACCGCCUCUCCACCCGCUCCGACCUGUCCCUGAGCUCCCGGGGCAGCCAGCCCGGUGCUCACCUGCACCACCCAGCCGGCAGCGGUGCCAAGAGUUCUGCCACGGUGAGCCGCAACUUGAACCGCUUCUCCACUUUUGUGAAAUCCGGCGGCGAGGCUUUCGUGCUCGGAGAGGCGUCGGGUUUCGUGAAGGAUGGCGACAAGCUGUGUGUGGUGCUGGGCGCCUACGGGCCUGAGUGGCAGGAGAACCCUUACCCUUUCCAGUGCUCCAUCGAAGACCCCACCAAGCAGACCAAAUUCAAGGGCAUGAAGAGCUACAUUGCCUACAAGCUGGUGCCGAGCCACACUGGGCAGCAGGUGCACCGGCGCUACAAGCACUUUGACUGGCUCUAUGGGCGCCUGGUGGAGAAGUUUCCGGUCAUCUCAGUGCCGCAUCUGCCAGAGAAGCAGGCCACGGGGCGCUUUGAGGAGGACUUCAUCUCCAAACGCCGCAAAGGCCUGGCCUGGUGGAUGGACCAUAUGUGUAGCCACCCGGUGCUUGCACAGUGUGAUGCCUUCCAGCAUUUCCUCACCUGCCCAAGCACCGAUGAGAAGGCCUGGAAGCAGGGCAAGCGGAAGGCUGAGAAAGACGAGAUGGUGGGCGCUAACUUCUUCCUCACAAUUAGCGUGCCUGCUGGUGGUCCUGCUGCUCUGGACCUGCAGGAGGUGGAAAGUAAAGUUGAUGGCUUCAAGAGCUUCACCAAGAAGAUGGAUGACAGCACCAUUCAGCUGAACCAGACAGUCAAUGAGUUUGCUCGCAAGCAGGUUACUGGCUUCAAGAAGGAGUACCAGAAAGUGGGGCAUUCCUUCAAGGGCCUCAGCCAAGCCUUUGAGAUGGACCAGCAGGCUUUUUCAGUUGGCCUCAAUCAAGCCAUUGCCUUCACUGGGGAAGCUUAUGAUGCUAUUGGUGAACUCUUUGCAGAGCAACCCAGACAGGACCUGGAUCCAGUGAUGGAUUUGUUAGCUCUGUAUCAGGGACAUCUGGCCAAUUUCCCAGACAUAAUCCAUGUCCAGAAAGGAGCCCUUACCAAAGUGAAGGAAAGUAAGCGGCAUGUAGAAGAAGGGAAGAUGGAGGUUCAGAAAGCUGAUGGCAUUCAGGAUCGUUGUAACAUUAUUUCUUUUGCCACCCUGGCAGAAAUCCACCAUUUUCACAAAAUUCGAGUGAGAGACUUCAAAUCACAAAUGCAGCAUUUCUUACAACAGCAAAUACUUUUUUUCCAAAAAGUGACGCAGAAGUUAGAAGAAGCUCUUCACAAGUAUGACAGUGUUUAAUACGCUUAAUUCCUGUACUUUGAAUAAUGGGUAUUUCUAAGCUUGUGGAUGGAAUGAACAACGGAUACAAACUCCACUCUCAAGUACCUCUUGGCACCUUUUGGGAUGGUGUACAAGGAUGAUUUUGUAAUCUGUUCUGGAGUCCAACUGAACCUAAAAUUGCCUAAGGAGGACAUAAUUAUGCCUAUAUAGUGGAGACUGUACUACACAUUGUAACUAAGUUAUACUCCAAAUGCCUACACUACCAUUGUAAUGUUUUUGAAAUAAUGAUUAUACUAUUUGCCUUACUGCUUUUUUGAAAUACAAUAUUUUAGUGCAUAAUAUGCUGUAGACCUCAAAACCUUUUGGGUCUUUAAGGAAGUUGGUUAGAUAAAAGCCUGCUUCAGAUGCCUUUUUAAAAUUCUCUUCGGUAUGAAUUUUUUAAUUCAGCCAAUUCUCUGUUUACAAAAUUCCUGUUAGAGCAGCUAUGCGAUUUUGUGCCUUUAGAAUUACAGUUUUUCAUUAUUAUUAUUUUCUAGUAAACCACAUUUUUAUGACUGAUUGAAUGAAGGGUUGGUACCUCUGAUAGGGCCUGAUUUCAAACCUCACAGUGACUGAAAAAUAACUUGCCAUGUAACUUGCACACCUAGGUAUUAUGAUAAAUUUUGGCUGGAAAAAAACCCAGGAUCUAAAAUCAUUUUAGACUUUGUGCUGAUUAAAAAUACUAUUUAUUAUUUGUACCAGAAUCUUAAAUCUACGAGCAAGAAAUCAGCACUGCUGUAUUUCCUUUCUUAACAUGACAACAUAAAAUGUUUCACUGUAACAUGUCUUCGAAUAGAAACUUUGGACCAUUUAUCUAAUAAAAGAAUACUGAAGUAUAUCAGUGGGAUAAGAGUAGA